CCCGCCUCGCGCCGCCCCGCCCCGCCCGGUUCCUCCGGCCGCCUGCCUCCUCCGCGGCGGCGGCCCAAAUCAGAACCCUAGACCAGCCGCCCAUCGCCUUCCACCGCUGCUCCACCUCCCCAGCCCGCCGGGACGGGGCCUAGCUCUCCGCGGCAGCCGCCGGCCCGGGAGGGGCUGCAGCUCGUAGCUAGGGUUUUGGGGGUUCCCCCGGGGCCAUGGAGUUCGCGGCGGACGGCGCCCGGUGGCCGGAGCCGCGAGGCGACGCAGCCGGGGCGCCCCCGCUGGAGCGUGGCGAUGCGCCUUCACCGCGCCUCGAUUCGUCUCGCGCCCUAAGAUUGCUGAGAGAGCUUGGCUCAAAUGUAACAGAAGAUUUGGCUGUGCUGAUGCCAAAUUUGCUGUCAUUUCUGAAACAUGGCGAUUCUGCAGUUGUUAAUCAAUCUAUAGCUAGUGGGACAAAUUUGUUUGCUGCUGUAUUGGAAGAGAUGGCACUUCAGAUUAAUAAAUGUGGAAAGGUUGAUGCUUGGCUUGAAGAGAUAUGGUCUUGGCUGAACCAGUUCAAAGAUGCAAUCCAUAAUCUGAUCCAUGAGCCUGUCCCUGUCACAACUAAACUAUUUGCUCUAAAGUUCAUUGAAAUAUGGAUCCUGUGUUUCAUACCUCAAUCCAGAAGUGACCGGAUGCAGCCAAUUGAAGGAAGGAACAGAAGGUUGUUUGAUUGUUCAAGGUUAUCUCAAUUCCAUCCUAGCCUAAACCCUGCUGUUCUGGAAGCUGAUGCAAACAGGGCUCUCAUCCUCCUUGUGGAUAUAUUGCAGUCAGCUUGUGCUCACCAAGGAUCCUUCCUAGUUGGCACCAUUAAUUCUCUUGCAGCUAUUGCAAAGAACAGACCUGUUUACUACGAACGCAUACUCCCAGUGCUACUUGGUUUUGACCCUAAUUUGGAGGUUGCAAAAGGGGCUCAUUCUGCAAGUCUGCGGUAUUCCCUGAAAACAGCCUUUUUAGGGUUUCUAAGGAGUCCUUGCCAGGCAAUGAUUGAGUCCAAGGACACGCUGGUAAGGCAGCUUCGAAUUCUGAGUCCUGGUGAAGCAACUGAACAGAUUAUUAGGCAGGUAGAGAAGAUGAAUAGAAAUAUAGAGCGUGCUUCUCGUGCUAGCAAGGAUGAUCCUUCAACAUUGGAUAUGCCUUACGGAGAUGUUAAUCGGAAAUAUCCUGCUGCCAGAUCAAGUGAUGCUUUUGCUACAGCUGAUGGCAUAGCUAAAAGAGCAAGAUUUGAUACCUCUGCUUUAAAUCCACCAUUCCAGGGAGCAUCUGAUUAUUCUAAUAUUCAGGUCGACAAUGAAGCCAAUGCUGCUCAUUCCUCUGAUCCAGCUCCCAUGAAUAGUGAUGUGUCUCCUGUUGAGAAGAUGAUUGAAAUGAUUGGUGCUUUACUUGCUGAAGGGGAAAGAGGAGCUGAAUCCCUUGGCAUUCUCAUCUCGACAGUAGAAGCCGAUGUCAUGGCUGACAUUGUGAUUGAAACAAUGAAACAUCUACCUGAAACUUCAAUUCUAUUAGCUACUAGCAACGGCCAGCAACAAAAAAAUCAAUCUUCCUCCAGUCCCCUGACAGAAAACUUGCCUUCAAACUCCCACUCAUUGUCCUACAGUACACAGUUAGCACUUCCUGCAGAUGGAGUCAGCAUGUCAAUGUCAGAUGUGCCUGCUAUGUCUGGCGCUCAUGAUUCUAAGCGCGACCCAAGAAGAGAUCCUCGUCGCCUUGAUCCACGACGGACAGUUGCACCUGCACCUGCAGCUACUACUUCCAUACACGUGAAGGGGGAAACCACCGGCGUGCAUCAGACAAACAACUUGUCAAAUGUACCCUAUUCUGUUUCUGGUAAGGCUGAAAACUCUUCAGACUAUUCAGGAGACCUAUCUAGAAUUGAAGACGAGCAACAAACAUUUUGUCUACCCAACCAAACAUUUCCAAAGGAAAAUUGUGAGAAUUUGGAUGAUGCCUUGGAACUGGAGCGAAAAUUUGAAGUGCAGGCAGUAGCAGAUGUUGGAUUUCGUUCUGAAGUUGGUAAAGAGAUGGCCAAUCCAUUGUCUCCAGAAGUUACUUCAAACAAUGAAUCGGAUAGCGUGGAAUUGGAGAUUGAUCCUUUUUCCCCAGUUCCAAAGGCAUCGACUCCGGAGGAUACUACUAAUCAUGACUUGCCAGUUCUUCCAACUCAUCUGGAAUUAAGUGAUGAUGAGAAAAUCUUGUUGCAUAAAUUAGCAAUUAGGCGGAUAAUUGAUGAUUACAAGAAAAACAGCCUUAACGCAAGGUUUUCCCUGCUUGCUCAUUUGAUUGCGCAGAGUGCUGCUGAUGACAAUAUUAUGGAUUUGAUUCAGAGACACAUAAUAUUCCAUUAUCAUGAUCAGGGUCAUGAACUAGCAAUGCAUGUGCUGUAUCAGCUGCACAGUGUGAACGUUGCUGAUUCGCCAGAAAGCACCACACCUACUUCUAAACAUUACGAGAACUUCUUUAUAUCACUUGCAAGGUCCUUGAUUCACUCGCUACCUGCUUCAGACAAAUCUUUUAGCAAAUUUCUGUGUGAUGCACCAUACUUGCCUGAGUCUAUGCUUAAAUUACUGGAGAAUAUUUGUGUGUCACAAGGAAACAGCCAACAAGCAAAAGAUGGUGAUGGUGACCGUGUUACCCAAGGCCUUGGAACCUUGUGGAGUCUUAUCUUAGCGCGGCCUCCACUUCGACAAUCUUGCUUAGAUAUUGCUCUAAAGUGUGCGAUUCACUCUCAAGAUGAAGUCAGGGGAAAGGCAGUUAGAUUGGUUACAAAAAAACUCUAUGGACUAACGUACGCAUCAGAAAGAGUCGAGCAGUUUGCCACCGAGAGUCUUUUGGCAAUUGCUAAUAAACAUGGUGUUGAGACAGACAUUAACUUCACAUCAUCAAAAGAAUCUAUACCUGAGCAGUUUGAGGCAGGCAGCCAGGGAACUUCGGUUAGUGAAUCACAUACUUCAGAUGGUGAACCUUCUGAAAGUGCAUGUGACAAGACUGAUUUGGUUUCACCUAAACAAUCAGCAGUAUCUGUAUCUGAGGCCAAACGCCAUACUUCAUUGUUCUUUGCACUUUGCAUGAAGAGGCCCAUUCUUCUUCAACAUCUGUUCAAUGCGUAUGGAAGGUCUCCAAAAGUUGUCAAGCAGUGCAUCCAUUGGCAUAUACCCAACCUUGUUAGAAAUUUGGGAUCCUCAUGUUCUGAGAUGCUAGCUAUUAUUCAUAAUCCACCUGAAGGCAGUGAAGAGCUUGUUACCUUGAUAUUGCAAACUCUAACAGAAGAUUCAACUCCUUCAGUCGAACUUGUUCUGGCAGUUAAACAUCUAUAUGAAACCAAGCUGAAGGAUGCAUCUAUUCUCAUUCCAUUGUUAUCUUCAUUUCCAAAGGAAGAGGUGCUGCCGAUAUUUCCAAGACUAGUUGAUCUCCCGCCUGAUAGAUUCCAAGAUGCACUUGCUCGGAUACUGCAGGGAUCUGCUCAUACUGGUCCAGCUUUAACCCCUGCUGAAGUUCUAAUUGCCAUUCAUGAUAUUAAUCCUGAAAAGGAUAAAGUUGCCCUGAAGAAGGUCAUUGAUGCUUGCACAGCUUGCUUUGAACAGCGCACGGUAUUUACACAGCAAGUUUUGGAGAAGUCACUGAAUAAAUUGGUUGACAAUGUACCAAUUCCACUUCUUUUUAUGAGAACAGUCAUUCAAGCACUUGAUGCUUUCCCAGCUCUGGUUGAUUUUGUCAUGGAAAUACUCUCAAGGCUUGUCAAUAAGCAGAUAUGGAAAAUGCCAAAACUGUGGGUUGGGUUCUUAAAAUUGGCAUAUCAGACUCAGCCACGCUCGUUUGAUGUUAUUUUGCAGUUACCCCCACCUCAACUUGAAAUUGCUUUGAAUAAGUACCCCAAUCUGCGAAGUCCUCUUUGUUCCUUUGUUAAUCAGCGGAACAUGCACAACAUCUUGCCCAGACAGAUUUUGAAAGUUCUGGGCUUCAUCAAUGAACCACAGCAGGCACCAAUUCCAUUUGUGCCUGCUGCAUUACAAACGGCAGAUGCAGCCUCCUCUCUUCCUGGUGCAACCCUUAUGUGAUAUGAUGUUAUAAACACCUAUCAGAUGCGAGAAGGCUUUGCUGAUCACAAGUACAGCCAGUGCCCUGUGAACAAUGAUGAUAUGGGCAUAAGCAGAGCACAGGCGAGGGCGGCAUUGUCAGUCGAAGGGUCUGCAUUUGCUUGACUUGUUUCAAACAACUUUACAGGGUGCCAGCAAGAGAUACCAAGGUGGUUUCUCAACGGUUCAUUGUGCUUGUGCUCAAGGGGCUCCAUAUGAUUUGCAGCCCGUGCAAGUUGUAUAGUAACUGUACUCUUUGUCCGGCAAUUGUGGACUGAGGCUUCUGUGACAAGCAGAGAACAGGAGUAUUGUUGUUUAGGAAGAUGAUAUGACUUGAUCAGCAUCGUCAUGCUCAUGUCUUCCGCCAAGGAAAUGACAUAGUUGCAACCUGCGGCAUUCCUUUUCGGGGGUGCCGGGAGACGGCAUCCGACCGAUCGACUAACCAUUUCUUCGGUUCCCAUGCUAACUGUCCGAGUACUGUACAUUAACCAUUCCAUGUCAGCAGAUGUUACCUUUCCUCUCAGAAAAAGAUAAUUUAUAUAGAUGUUUUGAUUGAAUAGCAUAUCAAAGAACAAUAUUGGCGCCGUUGAUUUUGUACGGUACUGAGCUAAUACUUAUUUUUCUUAUUUGUGUAGUGCUUACUGGUAUAUUCACAUAAUCACAUACUACUGUGUCUAAUCUUCAAU